UACAAAUGCAGGACACCGUGGCUGCGGCGUAGCUGCUAUCUAACCUAGCUUCCUGCACAGCUGAAAGGCAGCAUCAUCGCCGCUCCUCCCAAUAGGAAGGGCGCAUCCCGGAUAGCUAGCUGGCUAGCUGUACUCAGCACAACGAUGGCAGUUAACCUCAGCAAAAAUGGCAUUGCAUUAACAGCUGCAUUCAAGGAAGUGGUGGACGAAAAAUCCAGUACCAACUGGGCCUUGUUCACCUACGAGGGAAACAGUAAUGAUAUCCGCCUGGCAGAAAAGGGAGAUGGAGGACUGGAGGAGUUGGUUGAGGAGCUGAACAGCGGAAAAAUUAUGUAUGCUUUCUGCCGAGUCCAGGAUCCAAAUUCUGGCCUCCCUAAAUAUGUCCUCAUCAACUGGACUGGAGAAGGAGUAAAGGACGCCCGGAAAGGGCUGUGUGCAAAUCAUGUCAGCUCCAUGGCCAAUUUUCUAAGGGGGGCCCAUGUAACAAUAAACGCCAGGGCAGAGGAGGACGUGGAGCCUGAGGUGAUCAUGGAAAAGGUGGCCAAAGCUUCAGGAGCGAACUACAGCUUCCACAAAGAAGCUCCCAGCCGCUUCCAGGACAGCGGUCCUCAGGGUCCUGUGGGCUCCGUGUACCAGAAGACCAACGCCAUGUCUGAAAUUAAAAAGACCAACAAAGACAACUUCUGGGCUCAGGCAGAGAAAGAUGAGGAGAAACGGCGCAAGGAGGAGCGAACCAAAGUAGACGAGGAGCGCCAGCACCUGGAGAAAGAAAGGAAGGACCGGGAGGCCAAAGAGGCAUCGCAGAGGGAGAAAAGGGACAAGGAGAGGGCGUCUCAAAUCGACGAACAAAAGAAGUACCAGCAGAAGCAGGAUUCAACCAGUAAAGAGCAGGAGAAGCAACGCUGGGAGGAGCAGGAGAGCCAGGCAGCCCAGGCCAAAGCAAUCAAGAGGGGUGACUCUGUGGAAAAGGCCAACGAGGCGGCUUCUCUCAUCUCUCAGCGCGCUUCAAACCCAAGAGAGAUGUUCAAGCAGAGAGAGAGAGGAAUAACUCCCAGUGACUCUGACGUCCCCUCUGCUGCACCCGUCAGCCCCCAGCCAGGGCGUCUGCAAAGCCCUUUUCUGGCUAAGCCUGGGUAUGAAGCUGAGCGAGCCAACUCCCCUCAGCGCCAAGCUUCUCCUGUGCCAGCAGGCUCCGCAUCUCCUGUCCGUGCCACAGAGCCUGAUGUGGAUGACCAGUCCAGGUGUGAGUAUGAGGAGCAGGAGGAGGCCCCGCUGCCGCAAGAACAGUAUGAAGAGGAGGCACCGCCGGCCCACGUCCAGGAGGCACCGCCUGCCCCUUUCGAAGAGGCUCAUGAAGAACCUGCUCAGCCCGAGGUGGAGGAGAACAACUCCUACGAGGUGACUCCUGAAAAGACGCCAGAUGGGCCGCCAGAGAAAGGAACAUGUGCCAGAGCCCUGUAUGACUACCAGGCUGCUGACGACACAGAGAUCUCUUUCGAUCCCGACGAUAUCCUCACCGGCAUCGAGAUGAUCGACGAGGGCUGGUGGCGGGGCUACAGCCCGAACGGCCAUUUUGGAAUGUUCCCAGCCAAUUACGUGGAGCUUAUCUAGCCCCACCCCCCACUCAAUCCCUCCUCAGCAUCAUCACACUGGUAUGCCCCGGAGGACCUCUGCAGGAAAACAACACACUGCCCAGUCUGUCCUCCUCCCAGUGAGCUGAUCAGGCUGAACCGGAGCAUCGUGGACCAAUGAGACGUGCUCGUGGGCCAGAAGCUUUCCGAAUCUCUCCUCUUUUCAAGAAAAGCAAUUCCACUUAAAUUGUUGAUGUUGUGAGCAACUGAUGGCAUAGUUUAGGGAUUUGUGAAGACCAAUACUCCCUCCCUGCACCCCUCCCCUAAAUUACAUUUCCUUUCCUUUUAAAUGUGAUGCAGUACAUUAUCAACCUUUUGUUAAGUCUUAAAUUAAGUCGUUCACAUUCCUUACAAAGUGACUUUAGUUCCUUUUUCAGGUAUAAUUUUGUCUUGUAGCAAAUGGUCCUGUACAUUUCAGGACAAACAAAGAUGGCGGUACCAGCUGCAGUGUAAUCUUUUGCCUUGUUUUUGCCUUUCUUUACCAGCAGACUGAACUUUUCUUUUAUGUGAUUGAUCCUGUGUGAAUUUCAAACCAUGUUUUAGUACUGGUCUCACUGUGGUUGAAGUGAAUAUUUAAAAAUCGAACAAAAAAAUACCGAUGUUUGCUGUGCUCUGGAUGGAUUUAGUUGGGAAUGCAUUAAACGGUUCAGUUCCCUUUAACUGUGAGUGUAUAACGGUUGUUCCCAUUUCACAUCCGUCUUCAUCUGAACCAGAGUAUUUCAACAUAUGUUUAACGUUUCAGGGACAAGCUAAGGAGAAGAAAUCAUGUGUCACCAUUAUUUUACUUUGUUUAGAUCUCGCUGGUCUGAGGUUGAGUUAGAGUGCAUAACAGAUGAUGUUAUGGUGCCAUAAUGACGGGAAAUUUUAAUUGAAAAUGUGCAAGUUCACUGUUUUUAUCAUGGAACAAACAAGUGGCUCUUUUAAGCGUCGAGGAAAAAACAUGAAUUGAUAAUGAACAGAAAAGGGCAUCAUGUAUCCAUUAUUGUUUAAUCCAGAGUAUAUUGUAAUGCAAAGACAUUCUUCAUAAUAAAAUAAAUAAUUCAAACCA